AGCUUUCUACCCACAAAAAUAUCGUCUACCAGUGGCUGCUGAGGGAACUUGCCCCACUUUACCUGUGGCAAAAAGGACCAGCCACCUUCAAACAGCAGCCUCCAGCAUCACUUCAGGACCCUAGGAAUACUGGCCUUUUUUUCCACACAAAUGAGCUCAGGACUACAGAUUCUCCCCUGCCUGAUCCUAAUCCUCCUUGUCUGGAACCAAGUGCCAGGGCUCCAGGGUCAAGAGUUCCGAUUUGGAUCUUGUCGUGUGGAAGGGGUGGUUCUCUCAGAACUGUGGGAAGCCUUCUGGACUGUGAAGAACACUGUGCAAACUCAGGAUGACAUCACAAGUGUUCGUCUGUUGAAGCCACAGGUCCUGCAGAAUGUCUCGGAUGCUGAGAGCUGUUACCUUGUCCACAGUCUGCUGAACUUCUACUUGAACACUGUUUUCAAAAACUACCACAGCAGAAUAGCCAAAUUCAAGAUCUUGAAGUCAUUCUCCACCUUGGCCAACAACUUUAUUGUUAUCGUGUCAAAACUGCAGCCCAGUAGGGACAGUGACAUGGCUUCUAUUAGUCAGAGUGCGCAUCAGCGGUUUUUGGUGUUCCGAAGAGCAUUCAAACAGGUGUCAUCUCUGGCCCUUUGCCUACUACUCAGUGGCCUCUUUGUCCUCACCUUGGAAACAAACACAUGGGGUACAAGUGAUGGGUGGAUCCAUUUACCAGAGGUCAUUCCACAGGUGAUGCAGCUAAUUUGGAGGCAGGUCUAUUUCAGGCAAGCCAGGUUGGAAGAAAACUAUUGUCAUAGUUAACAUACCUGACCAUUUGCCGCAGAUAGACACAGAAACAGCCUUGGUGAAAGCCUUUGGGGAAGUGGACAUCCUCCUGUCCUGGAUACAAAAAUUCUACCGGCUCUGACUGUCAAUCAAGAUAACUUCAUCAUUUGUUCCCCAUGCCAUUUCAAGCCAUUGUGCUAUCCUCAGGGCACUUCAGACUUUUGGCCAUGGACCCCAUUGUUGGCUCAGCCUUCUCUUCAGACUUUAUUCUUCAUCAGACCAAAUGACAGUGAUGGGAGGCACCUUUGAAUGCUGUGACUAAUUCACAAAGUGGAUUUGCAUAUUUAUUACAACUCAGUGGAAACCAUAUUUAUU